AUGACUGGACACUUCUACACCACCUUCAAGAUCCCGACCCACAUGAUCGUGGUCUACGGCAUCGCCUACACCUUCAUCUUCCUGUGUGCCGUCGUGGGCAAUGUCAUGGUCGUGGUCAUCGUGGCCGUGACCCCGCGCAUGCACACCGUCACCAACGUCUUCAUAGCCAAUCUGGCCGUGGCGGACAUCUUGGUGGCCGUGUUCUGUAUACCCAUCACUUUCCUGGCAAACAUCUACACAGGCUGGCCAUUUGGAUCUGUCCUGUGUAAACUGACUCCCUACAUACAAGGCGUCUCAGUGUGCGCGUCAGUGUACAACCUGGCGGCUAUAGCAGUAGACAGGUUUCUGGCGAUUUGUUUUAACCCCGACUGGCGAAUAAUGCGACGUGGCGCUUGCCUGACCCUGGCGGUCAUCUGGCUGUUUUCCUUCACCCUCAUCAUCCCCUGGCUGGUCUACUACCAGCAGUUCGACAGCGUCACACAACUACAAACAAUUCCCAUGUGUCAUUCUAUCUGGCCGGACUUCGAUUCCCAGCGUGCCUUCUACGUCGUCGCCAUCUUCCUGGGGACAUACCUCCUGCCGUUGGUGCUGAUAUUCGUCUGCUACAUCCUCAUCGCUUGGAGGGUCUGGAACCGCCAGGCCCCGGGGGUAGCGGUUGGCAGCGGCGUCAUCAAACGCUGCAAGAUGAACGUCGUCAAGAUGCUGGUCACAGUGGUUCUCAUGUUUGCACUCUCCUGGCUCCCCUUGCACAUUCUGUACCUGAUCCUCCACUUCAACCCCCCCACUGACGACGGGGUGGUGGAAAGGAUUACCAAGGUGGGGUUGCCCCUCGCCCAGUGGCUGGAGCUCAGUAACUCAGGGAUGAACGCGUUUGUGUACAGUUUUUUCUCUGGCAACUUCAGGCGUGGCUUCACACACCUCUGGUUUUGUAUGCUGGGUAGGAAGAAACCCCAGAGAGGCAGUACCAUCAGUCGCCGAGUGACAAGAACAGUGUCAGAAGACUCGACCAUGUUGGCCAGAUACUCGCUGGUGAAAAGGCCAAACGGAAAACAUAUUUCUAAUGAAAGCAUUGCCAUUGACCAUGUGCAUCGCACUUGUUUGAACAAUAUCAGCAAGUCGGCGCUCACUAGCUACAGUUCGUGGUCUUCUGUCAGGGACCAAGCCUUUGUUUAACUCUGAUAUCGACCUGGACGACGUUGCAUUCAACUCUCGAAUUACUACCAUUAGAUAUUUGUAUAACAA